CAUCAGGAUUUCAAACAACACAAGAGCGAUGACAGAAUACAGGAAUUUUCUUCUGUUUACCGUAACGUCUUUGAAUGUGAUAUAUUCGUGCACAGGAAUUUCAUGGCUCGGUUUAACGGUGAACGGGAGCUCUGUCGGGUGGAAUCAGACGCAUCACUGUAAACUCCUGGACGGGCUCGUGCCAGAUCAGAUGCAGCUCUGCAAACGGAACCUCGAGCUCAUGCACAGCAUCGUGCACGCGGCGAAACUCACCAAGAGCGCGUGUAAGAGCACCUUCAGUGACAUGCGUUGGAACUGCUCUUCCAUCUUGAACGCGCCUCAUUUCACUCCGGAUCUUGCAAAAGGGACCCGUGAGGCCGCGUAUGUAUUCUCUCUGGCCGCAGCAGUGGUCAGUCAUUCCAUUGCACGCUCAUGUGCAUCCGGAGAACUUCCCAGUUGUUCCUGCGCACAGGCACCUUCAGAGCAGGCGGCCCCGGACUUCCGUUGGGGUGGCUGUGGCGAUAACGUUCGCUACGGUCUGCAGAUGGGCUCUGCUUUCUCAGACGCGCCCAUGAGAAACCGCCGCUCUGGACCACAGGCCUUUAGACUCAUGCAACUUCACAACAAUGCAGUGGGAAGACAGGCACUUAUGGAUUCUUUAGAGAUGAAGUGCAAAUGCCACGGUGUUUCUGGGUCUUGCUCUGUGAAGACCUGCUGGAAGGGCCUUCAGGACAUCAACUCCAUCUCCGCUGACCUCAAAUCAAAAUAUCUGUCGGCCAUCAAGGUCAUUCCACGUCAGAUAGGCACCCGCCGCCAGCUGGUUCCACGGGAGAUGGAAGUGAGGCCGGUCGGAGAGAAUGAACUUGUCUACCUGGUCAGCUCAUCUGAUUACUGCUCCCUAAACGCCAAGCAGGGAUCAUUUGGAACCAUAGACAGGCAGUGUAAUAAGACCGGGAUCGGCAGUGAUAGCUGUGGGCUCAUGUGUUGUGGGCGGGGAUACAAUGCCUACACAGAGGUGGUGGUGGAACGUUGUCAGUGUAAAUAUCACUGGUGCUGCUACGUCUCCUGCAAGACCUGCCAUCGCACAGUCGAGAGACACGUUUGCAAGUGACGCACCGUGUCCACGAUCACGAGAGAGACACUGUGGACUGGUCUCUCGAAUUUUGUAUGAUCUUUUAAGAGCCAUGAGUGAGUGGAUAAUCCUCUCUAAGUGCUGUAUGGAUGCUGCAUUAGUGAAGAAAGAGGAGCUGAAGUGAAGGAAUAAGGAAUGGUGAAGAGUUUUCCAUUGUAUGAUACAUCUGAAAGAGUUAAUGAAUGGCUAUAAAACAAAGAACCCUGCGGUGAGGCCCCGAAGGCACCCUGCAGAAAACCAGAAUGAGAACGAGAAGUAGUGGCCGCUCACUACAAAAACUCAUCGGCUCUGGCACAGAGAAAGAAACCGGGGGAAGGGUUGAACUGUUAGUGACUUGCUGGUAAAGUCAGCGACUUUACCGCAAUAAUACUCGAUACAUUUCUGAACUGUUAAAUGCUUUGGUCAGAAUGCCGUAUAAUUUCUGUCUGGAUACGAAAUCUAAAUCAAGAAGUUUGGUUUACUACUGCACUCGAAGGGUUCAUGACACUUUGUUUUUUAGAAAAAAUAAAUAUAUCCUCUAUUUUUGAUCCGUUGCUUUUCUGUUCUAUAUUCACAAUUAUGUUACAAAAAUACCUGUACAUUUGCUGUAAAAAGACAUUUGUAUUUAUUUUAUUAAAAAUAUAUAUUUAAUGAGA